AUGGAGUUUAUCCACGUUUUGGUAAAAAAUUACGGCAAUACAUCAACGAUAAAUCGCAUGUUGGAUACUCAGGAUGGAGACGAAACAUACCCGACAUAUCCCCCUUACCGGACGGGGCAUGCCAAGCAACGUAUGACCAAUGAUGUUGGUGUCCCAGGCAUUUCUGUGAGCACUCCGCCGGUUUUGGACAUACCGAGUGCCCGCCAGCUAAUAUUGAAAAAAUCGAAUUCUACGGGAACAAGGGCGCUUCACAAAGUCAUUGAAAGAGCCACUGGUGACAGACAAGAGGUAUUUAUCCUAAAACCACUGUUACUAGCGUAUGCGAGACAAAACUGGGAAGGCCAGAUGCCCGAUGUCUGCUUAGCUGCUGGGCUCCCGCCCACUUCCUCGCAUUUUGUUGAAGUCGAUUCUCCCUCACAGCUGCUCGUCCCUGAUCUUCUCACUUCGCUGGUAUCGUCGGGGGAAUACUACAGUCCUCUUGUGGCAAACCCCCACGAGCCACCUCAUCCCCAACCCGAACCGCAUGGGGACCCGUCUGGGGGCGUGAGACAGCAGGUGGUUGCCAACAACCAGGGUAGCAAUCUGUAUCUACCGGUGAUCUACUCCAACGAUUCAUAUGUCACCACUUUAAUGGAGGAACGGUUGAUCCGCUGGCGGCCUCCAAACUCCCAGCACAAUGUUGACGAAACGUUCAACGAAAGGCACCCAUUUCAGUUGACCCAGCUGUUUCUUGAAGUGGACGAAAGAGCUGGGGCACAAUCGAGAGGUAGCAACACCCAAGGAUCAAUGCUUAGUGGGGUAAGCGGGUUGAUGGGCCGAAUUGCCGGUAUGGUAUUUCAUACUGAUUCUACUGGUGUGGAUGACCGAGAGACGGACGAAGUAGCACGGUUUGAGGUUGAGGAAGAUGCAGCUACGGAUGCAGUUCUGCACCCAAAGAGGGUUCGAUUCAACUCCACGACCCUAGCACCUGACCAUGCAGAGUUGACUGAGGAUGAACUGGUUGAGGAUGAGCCGGCCGCUGAGGAUACAUUCAAACGGCUCAGGUUGGAUAGAUUUGGACCGUUUGAUGCAAAUACAGAAUUUAAUGCCGAGGCUAUGAAUUACCAGGCUACUAUCAACAGCGCCACCUCCUCGUUUAGGCGACUGAACCUUCCUACCGCAAGAGGUGUACCCGUAUUAAACGACGAGGGUUACCUUAGUUACGCGUUCCUUGAGGGAGAAGAUGGAGGUGGGGAGAAUGGGCCCGGCAGCAAGUACCCACAGGAACCUGAGUUGCCCUUCCAGCAGGGUGGAUCUGAAGGAGGGGAAAGCUGUGUUGGGUGCUGGGACGGACUUGUGCUGUGCCUAUGCAGAUAG